CCCCCCCCCCCCCAUCCUUCAUUUAUUCAUUAGGCACACCAACACUUUAAGAUGAUUCACUCCCUCUUUCUUUGGCACUGCAGUGCUCUUCUUGCGCUGUCACGCGGUGCAUUAACUCAGUCACCCAGAAACCCCUUUGGGAGCUUACCGGGCGCUUCAUCAAACCAAACGAGUUUGGCAAACGCAGAUGCCCAUGCAGGUGUAUCUGAUGCGUUCAACGUAGCUUUACAUGAUCCAACAGUAGCACUAAACACACCCGGGACGGACAUUGGCAUAAACUGUCCCGCGGCAGUACGAUGGAAUGAGCAAUACGCAAGAAAUCUAACGAUUCAAGGACCAACAGACGAUGAAAAAGAACAAGCUUGGAUUGUCUCUUAUAUGGCCCGUCAUCCGGACCAAACACUUUGGGAAUUAUUUACUACAAGCCUUGAUGAAGACGUACAGAAAUGGGUUCACGGCCCAAGUCCAGUAGAGAAAGCGGCUGACGGCGUUGUUCACUUUACGGUCGAGGUGAUCGAAGAAUUUAUCACGAUGAUUUGGGCCGCCUUCAAGUGGAUUGUGAAGUUUCCUUUUGAAUACAAAAAGGAAUGGCAGCAAGUCAAAAACCUGGGCGACGAGUUGUGGGAUGGUACCAAGAUAGCCGCGCAUUUGUUUUCCGAAAGCCCAAUAAAUGGACUCAAAACGAUCACCGGUGGAUUAUUUUUGCAUCUUCUGUUGCACCCGGAGGAAUUUACAGCAGAAUCUAUCCUAUUAGUUGGUGCUGGAUUCAAAGUGAUUCAUUGGCUGAUUCAUGGAGUUGAGGCGAUUGCUGGUACAUUACCACCGAUCGUAGGCAAAGCAUUAAUGAGUGUUUUAUGGUUUAUCCAUUCGUUGGACGAUCCGCUUUUGAUCCUCACGCCGAUUUUCACGAGCACCGCACAAGCGCUCCAAGCAGGGCCAGGAAGUCUGUUACUCGAUGGAGCGAGUGAAGAAGACGGUGGAUUUACGUCUGACGAUGGUGGUAAAUUAGUCACCUUACCUGCCGCAACAGUAUUGCCAUCCUCCAAGCAAUGUCCACUCCUACCACCGGAUUUCGGCGCACCUCCCUUAACCUAUGGCAACUUAUGUCUGAGCCCCGAGCCAGCUCGAGUCAGAGAAAUCAUCUUUGGCACUGCAAAACCAUCGAACGAACUGACUCGUGAAGAACGACUGGAAGCCUUCGGCCAUGUCCAAAAGUUCUGGUGUUGCUAUGGUGACAACGGAAAGAAUUCGAUCCCCAUUCCCGAGGCUAUUCUAGAGGAUGUUCCUGGUAGAGAACAGUGGGAAGGUAAAACAUUUUGGAAGUCUGUCGACAUUGAUUGCCAGAAAAUUUUCGACGAAAGCCCCAGACCUUCCAGCGGAAGAUUAACAAUUGCAUUGUAAAAUAUUAUUAACUACUUUCACUUACAAAAUAUCGACUUUCUUUCACAGUCAUUGCUCUCAGUGAAUUUCCCGAAUUUUUCCCGAGGUGCAGUGCAUAUCAGCAUUUUCUUUCUACACUUAACCGCUUUUUUCAUACAACUAGACGGUCAAUCUUCAGUGAACUCCUCCCCAUUCAUUGAGAUUAAUUACUUGAGUGUUUCUCAAACUAAACAAUUUGUCAGAUCUAUUGCUACCUUUUUCGAAUUCUCAUUCAAGAGAGUUCUCCUCUCCUCUCCUCUCCUCACAUUUUCUAUUCUCUCAGAAAUGUUAGUUCUUCUUUUCUUCUGUCACUCAUCUGUUUCUCUCAGUUGUUAAAUUACUUUUUUAGCUUGCACCUUUUUCUUUCUAACACAUAUUAGUUGAAAGAGUGACAAAAUUAUUAGUCCUAACCACCCUGAUACCAAGAGCACACUUCAGCCUACAAUUCAAACUUAUUCAAAAUCUGAGAAGCUUUUUGUUAGUCUUGACUGUUAGGUACCCUUCAGAGUAACAUGGCACAAUGUUCAUCUUAUUGGGCACCCUCAUACAAUUCAAAAUUGGUUAUGAAAACCCAUUGUCAAGUUGGAUGUGACUUGCAAAAGCAAUGCAGUGCCAUGAGUGA